CGAAUUUUGAGGGUGGGAAGCAAAAGGAGGAGUCAGUCUCUGAGUAGAAACAGCCUUGUAGUGUAACUCAUCCUCCUCACUCAUUCCACCUGCUGAAUGAAUACUGGCGUGGACAGGGUGAUACUGCAGAGAGAAGUGAAAUAAAACCAACUUCCUCGUUGAUACAUACAUAUUUUAAAAAAAAGCAUUUUUGUUGUUUUAAAUUAGGAUAGACAUUAAAAGCAAGAGGAGAACACAAGUUGCUUAUAACAAUCUUUUUAUAUAUAUAUAUAUAUUUUUCACCAACAUACGGAGAAGACAAAGUCCGCGAGUUUGGCCUGAGAGACAGGUAACAAACCGAACAGGUUGCGUCGAGAACACAAAGACAUUCUGAGGAUGGAUUCUUCGGCAGUAUCCUGGGUUACAGCCUUAUUUGCCAUGAUAUCAGCGCUAGCCCUGCAAGUGGAAGGUAUUGAUACGGUGUCUGCAAUAUAUGGAGAAACAAUCACUGUACCCUGCAAUGAUAAUAAACAGCUGCCUGAGGGAGUGGUGUUUGUGAAAUGGAAAUACGAACAGAAAGAUGGUACUUCUCAAUCGCUCCUCACAAAGUCCAUAGUGAAGGACAGAGCAGACUUUGAUGCCAGUCCAGAGUAUGUCGGUAGAUUGGACAUUGGGAAGCAGAAUGAAUUGCUGGUUUACAAUGCAACCCUUCAGGAUCAGAGGAGAUUCAAUUGCAUGGUCGCCACGACAUCCGAUGUAAUUGAGCAUCUUGUGAAUGUCAAAGUGUAUAAGAAACCUUCCAAACCUGAGAUUACAGAAAGCCCAAAGUAUCUGGAUGUUGGAAAACUUCAAAUGAUCGGUAAAUGCAUUUCAAAGGAUGGCAAUCCUCAGGGCAACACUACAUGGUAUAGAAAUGGAGCUCUUCUGGAGUCUGAUGGUAAAACUGUUGAUAUAUCAGACACUGCCAUGCAGGCUCCUGUUACUGGGCUUAUUACCACAACAUCCGUGCUGAGGUACGCGGCUCAAAAAACUGACGUGAGGGCCAAUUUCACCUGCAACGUCCAGCACUUUCUGGACAAAGAUCAAGAAUCUGGCCCUGUGACUUUUCCCAUUUACUAUCCCUCUGAGAAGGUCAAAAUUGAAGUGCUGACACCAAGCCCUAUCCGAGAGGGUGACAGUGUCACUCUGAAAUGCUCUGGCGAUGGGAGUCCCCCACCAGCCAGCUUCACAUUCUUCUUAAAGGAUAAGAAAGAAAAUGUUGAGAAUUCUAACAAUUACACUAUUGAAAGUGUAUCAAGAAACAUGACGGGAGAUUACAGUUGCUCCCUGCUCAAUGACGAAAAUCUCAAAGAUACAGCGACGAUCACAGUGCAUUAUCUGGACAUGAUGUUGACCCCAGUUGGCAGUGUCACCAAAGAAGUUGGACAGAGUGUGAAUGUGACAUUAAGCAAGGCUUCCUCUGCAGAUUUGGCUGUUACUUGGAAGAAGGACAAUGUGAAGAUUGACGCCCCCACGUUGCAGAAGCUAGCCUACCGGGAUGCUGGGAAUUAUGAAUGUGAAGUGACUGCUGCUGCUGCUGUGAAGGGCCUGAAGAAAACCAGCUCUUUUCAACUCAUCGUAGAAGGGAAGCCACAUAUUAAAAACUUAAUCAAGAAACCUGGGCAAGAUGGGAAAACAAAGACCCUGAGUUGUAUUGUAGAAGGUUCUCCCAAGCCCACUGUGCAUUGGAACGUCAAUGCCAGCACUGUGAACGAGAGCCCCUAUGUCAAUGGACAGUUCACCCACACCAUCACUAUGAUUCCACAGGGAAAUGAUACUGUGUACUGCACUGUGUCUAACAAGCUGGGGCAAGACCAAUACACGGUCAAUGUUUCUACCUUCCAUACGCCAUCAAGCAAAUCAGAUGAAUCAGAAGAUUCUCGAGAGACAAAUGACCAAACCAAACUGAUCGUAGGAGUCGUGGUGGGUCUCAUAGUGGCAGCUCUGGUUGCAGGUCUGAUUUACUGGAUCUACAUGAAGAAAUCAAAGCAAGGAAGCUGGAAAACGGGUGAAAAGGACCGUGGAUCACAUGAAGAAAAUAAAAAACUUGAAGAAAACAAUCACAAAUCAGAGGCCUAAAGUAAAACAACCCAUGUUGGAGGGUUCAGAAAUGGCAGAAACAGUAACGGCCUCCCUUGUCAUAUCAGACUUUUAAUUGGAACUUUAUCGUAAAGCUGUUUGGUUGGAUAUCAAUGAAGAAGUCUUCUGUAACGUUAUAAUGCGCACCUCCUUCUGCAGACAACUUAUUUAAUUUCUUUAAGGAAUUUUCAGAAAUGCACAUAACAAGUUAAAGCAUUCCACCAUCUCGGUUCAAAGAAACAACGUUAACUAACUUGUGUCAGACAGAUUGUUGUGAAUUCAUUAACAACGUUAACUAACUUGUGUCAGACAGAUUGUUGUGAAUUCAUUUUUGUGAGUCUGUACUUGAAGAAAAGCUUAUUUUUUGUGUUAUUGUUGAAUGCUUUUGUCAACGGUUUAUAUAUUAUAUAUAUAUAUAUAUAUAUAUAUAUAUAUAUAUAUAUAUAUAUAUGUGUGUGCCUGUAGACUUGUAAUUUUAGUGGUGCCCAUUCAUAAUUUGAGGCACUUGACAAACACUUCUAUUUGCUCAUAAAUAAAAGGGGGAAAUAGUCCGACAGCACUAUAGCCCACCCAAUCCCCAAUGCUGCAUGCCCUGGUAAACAGUUUACCUUGUAUCCUACGUGAUACAUUUAUUUUAUUUAUGUCCCGAGUUCAUUAGACGCAAUAACAGCAUCCCUUGUAAUUUUUAUUUGUGCUGUUUUAAAUUGUCGUCAUUUUGUUUGGUUUUUUUUCCAUUACUGAUGGAUUACUGUGUUAUUUGUUUUAAAAGGCAAUGUGGAAAUCGUGGUUCACUACAAAUAUAAAGUACUGAAAAGAAAAUAAAGGAUGUAUCUGUAUAUAUAUAUUAAAAAAAAAAAAAAAAUUCUCAAGGUUGAGCUGAAUGCAUGCUGUGGAUGUGCUGAGGUUUGGAGAAUGUGUUACACAAUUAAUAUUAACUAAUAACAAAUUUAGUUUCUGGCAGAAAUCAGAAUUUUGCUUUGUUUUCAGUCACGUACUUGACUUUUAGCUUCCUUCAUUACAUUAGAUAGAAGGGGAAGAAAGCUAUGUUGCAGUGUUCAAAAAGCAUGGUAUAAAUGUGUUACAAACUUUCCUUUUACACUACACCCUCCCACCCCUGCAGUGUUGUGUAUGAAACUCUGUGAGAGAACAAGCGACACACUCUGUGUUCCACUGUAAUGCGAAAAUGAUCCACUGUACAUAAUAUUGGGUCCAGGUGUUAAAUGUGCUACCUUUUUUGGCGUAAGGCUGUUUUUAUACUGCAAGGGGCAGGAUGAGUGGAGCAGUGCUUCAAUAGCUGUUCUGGAGUUAGGCAGUAGAACUUUUGACCUGUUUAAUGUAGGCCUUCACCAUUUAGAAAUGAAGUUGUCAGAAUUGUUUUUUAACAGUUAAAAUAAUCAUGCUUUUAUCUGUUCAAUAAUUAAAACAGAUCUAUAUAAAAUUAACAAAAAAGACAAGACUGCUGUUAGCUGUGCUCCAAUGGUAUCCCACUGUUUUUAAAGUACUUUUUAUGUUCAUUCAGAAAUUGAAAUCUGUUCAGGUCUGCAGUGAAACCAAAGAGAGGGUGAAUAUGAGAGGUGGUCAUACUUGUUCUGUAAAUAUUGAUAUUUUUUUUUGUACUUUUUUUGUUUUAAAUAAAGUGUACAUUUUGAAAAGAAAAAUCCCAAUUACACCUGA